GUGAAGUCGCACCCUGCGUCUUGGACUCCAAGGUGAAAGGGCCGGACUGCGCUCGACGCGAAUCGAAGCCUCCCGAGGCCCGCCGGCGACCGUUUCCUCCUCGCUUCCAUCCUCCACACAUGCUUCGCUUCCUCCUCACCCGGUCCGCCUUCAGGAAGCCUCGCCGGAGCGCCGCAGCCGGCCUCCUUGUCCUCGCCGCCGCAGCUGGCGGCGCCACCAUCGCUUCCUCUUCCAAUGAUUACCCGCAAACAACUAUCUCCGUCUCCUUCCCGUUCCGCCACUUCCUCUCAUUGUCGACAUCGGAAUUCUUCUCGAAAGAAUUUAGCCUCCGAUCUCUCUUCUCGAACCCUGACGGUGGGGCUUCUUUGCCGCAUUUCGCUAGUUCUAUUCCUUCAACAAAUCCGGUUAUGGAAAAUUCUGGAGAAAACGAGGAUGAUUCGAGGUGCUGCCGGGGUUGUUUGGGCCGGAAUACGAUCGUCAAGGCGGCGGCUGCUGCCGGUCCAGCUGUUGUUAAUAUAUCCGUUACACAAGGUAUUCAUGGGCUGAUGCUUGGGAAGAGUAUUGGGUCUGGAACAAUUAUAGAUCCCGAUGGAACGAUCUUGACGUGCGCACAUGUUGUGGUAGACCAUCAAAGCACAAGAAAGGAUUUUAGAGGGAGGAUUAGUGUCACUCUACAAGAUGGUCGAGAAUUUGAGGGCACUGUGGUUAACGUCGAUUUACAUUCUGAUAUUGCUUUGCUGAAGAUCAAAUCCAAAACUCCUUUACCUACAGCAAAACUUGGGUUAUCAUCUAAGCUUCGUCCAGGUGACUGGGUUCUUGCUCUGGGAUGCCCACUUUCUCUACAAAAUACAAUCACAUCUGGCAUUGUAAGUUGUGUUGAUCGUAAAAGCAUAGAUUUGGGUCUUGGAGGAAUUCGAAGGGAGUAUUUGCAAACAGAUUGUGCUAUCAACCAGGGUAAUUCUGGUGGGCCCCUUGUGAACCUUGAUGGUGAGAUUGUGGGAAUUAAUAUUAUGAAAGUUGCAGCUGCCGAUGGUUUGAGCUUUGCAGUACCAAUUGACUCAGUUGUUAAAAUAAUUGAGCAAUUUAUGAAGAAUGGAAGAGUGGUCCGGCCUUGGCUUGGACUAAAGAUGCUUGACCUUAAUGAAAUGAUCAUUGCACAGAUUAAAGAAAGAGAUGCAUUUUUUCCAGAUGUAAGCAAAGGCGUGCUUGUGCCCAUGGUGACUCCAGGAUCCCCAGCUGAACGUGCUGGAUUUCGCCCAGGCGAUGUAGUCAUUGAAUUUGAGGGAAAACCUGUUGGAGGCAUCAAAGAGAUUAUUGAUAUAAUGGGGGAUAAGGUUGGGCAACCUUUGAAAGUGCUUGUUAAACGAGAAAAAAACAGAUUGGUGACUUUGACUGUAAUUCCAGAGGAGGCAGACCCUGAGAGGUGAUGUCGGAUUUGUGCCUGGACUUCCUCCAGAUGUUCUAUGGAGGCUUCAAGCAAGGAACUUUUUUGGUUGACACCCACACGUUGAAGUGCUAAACCAAGAAAUUUUGACAAUAUGAUUACAAACUUUAAAAGAGGCAAAGAUUUUGUAGUGCUAAACUAGAUUAAUUUUUACAAAUAAUUAUUAAACUUUGCAGAGCAGAUGCCAUGGUAUAUGAUUUCUAUGUUGGCAAAGUUAGAUCGUGCCUUGCAGACGCAUAUGUACACCAGGUUGUUUAUGCUGAGCCAAAUUGAUUUGGGCAAUAUUGAGCAUGGAAGUUACACAUGUAAUGAUGUAUAAACUUUCAUUGGAAAGGUUAAAGAUUGGUUUGCGGUUUUGAUUAACUGGCAUCAAGGUGGAAGCAAUUCCGUGAAUCAAGCAUUGCUUUCCAUCCCCUUGUCUUUUUCCUAGUCAAAGGAUAAUGAUGAGAAGUUGCCCUCUGGUUUUGCAA